AUGCCCAUCAUAGACCUGAACAAUGGCUGGAAGGCCUUCUCGGAAGCUGUAUCUAGCACGAUGGAGAACGGUAUCGACGAUUUCCUGAAAAACAACAUCAAUGCAGACCUAUUCAUCGUCACCGGCGAAGCAGGAGUUGGAAAAUCGUCCUUCGUCAAAUCGAUAACGCUGGAAGAUGUAUACAUUGGAUCCACACUCGAGUCCGGUACGACAACAACCAGUUUGGUGCCUGCGAUUAUUGGCGACAAACGCUGCCUCUUUCUCGAUAUGCCCGGCUUCAACACACGUGACUUCGACGACUGGGAUAUCUUUGUCAGGCUCAUGACUGGUCUCUCUGUUGUACGGCAGUACGUCCAGUUCCGCGGAGUCUUCUAUGUUGAUGCGAUGCUGGACAACCGGGUGUCAGAUUCGGCAACAAAAGUCCUAAACUGGCUGGCCAACUUCUGCGGCGAGAGUUACAUGCCCAAUGUUACCAUUGUGACCACGCAUUGGAGUGGCCUGGACCCGGAUGGAGUGCAGGAGAAAUUGGCUCUUGUGGAUCGGUGGACAGAGUCAGAUCUUUUUCGGCCCUUCCUCUCGAAUGGGGCACAGAUCUAUCACCACGGGCUUGACAUGCGGCAUGGGAAGUACACGGCACUGCACAAGGACAAUUCGGCGGUCAGGCGAGGGAUGCUCGCAGCGGAAAUGAUUGCAGCACGCUAUCAUGACCCCACUACUCUGCAGCUGAAGAUAUACACCGAGAUCGCAAAUGGCGCUUCACUUGAUACAACAUCCGCCGGGAGGUGGCUUCGACAUGGAACUGCGUCAGGCACGGCUCAGGGUUUCCCUGAAACAAGAUCCGCCCCGUCAAGCAAUGGUUCUUUGGCUCGCAGCAACCAGCAAGGGCGGCGAGAAGAGAGAGCACAGGCAAGCGAGUCGUGGGGUAGUCAGGUGGCUAGUGUCCUUAGGGAGGCAAAGCCAUGGAUUCAGCUUUUGUCCACUGCCGCCAGCUUUUACAUGUCCCCUUCGCCUGUCUCUGUCUUGCGCCUUCUCGGCCAAGGCUUACCAGGCGUGGUGGAGGUGGAAUUCUGCGACGAUCCGCCAAACUGGUUUGAGUCAGUGGAUGCCCAUGGUGUCGACUUUGAUUUUGACGGACUGGAUCUGAAUGACGUUGUCUUUGAUUAA